AUGGGCAGAAAGAGCUGCAGGGUCCGCAGGAGCCUCGGGGGAACUGGGGUCCCGGUUGACAUCGGGGAGCGCCUGGUGGACAGUCACAGGUGGGCUCAGCCAGAGGAGACGCAGCACUGCAGGGUCCGCAGGCGCCCAGAGUGGAGAUUUCCAGACCAGGGGCUGGUGGGGCUGCCCUGCCUCCUGUCUGCAGAGGGGUCUGUGCAGAGUGAGGCCAGCGCACAGUCGGAGAUGAGCAGAGAACAGGAGCCGGGCCGGAGUACCAAGGAGGUGCCCACGGCAGACGGGCCCUCGCCUCCAGGCGGCCUGGUCACACAGGCGGGCCUGGCGCAGACCAGGUGGGAAAGCCUGCUGGCACCAGAGGGAAGGGCUGUGGAGCGGGCUGAGCGGCUUCGCAAUGGCAGGAGUGGCCAUGCAUCUCCACACAUCCUACAGGCGGCUGGGGGUCGCAGCAGGAGCAGGCGGGGCCUGGAGGUGCCCUCGGGGGUGCAGUGUGCCCCGGGGGGUUUGCACACAGCAGCUGUGAUCACACGUCACAGGGUGCCUUCUUCAGACGUCUUUCAUUUAUGA